AUGACACAACCCGCUACCAAUGGUAACCACCACCACCAUCAUUCAUCCGCUCCCAGCAACGGUGUCGUUCGACCAUGGGCUGCCGACUUCAACCCUGGUUCAAAGACUUUUACCACUCUCGAUGGAAAGCCCGUAGACUGGAAUGGUGGCUGGGCAGGCAUUGGAGGACAAACAGCUGGCUCACAGACCGCUCCUCCUGCUCUUACUUCUUCCGGCGGUCCUAAUAACAGUGAAAUCACUUAUCUCCCUUAUCCCGAAUUGACCUGUUUACACUGUCUUGGGUCCAACCCACCUGGCAAACUCGGUUAUGUGGUAUCGUAUCUUCCUGUUAUUCCAGCUGGAUCUAAACCUUCACAACAAUCGUUAGGGAACGGUCUUCCUUCUCAGUCCCAAAAUCAUACCAAAAUCAAUGGACAUCCCAAUGGAAAUGGAUUGAGUGAUCAUCGUGAAGAAGGUGAAACUUCACAUGAUGAAGGCGGUGAUUCACAUUCUGAAUUACCCGUGAGACCAUCGGCGCCUUCUCAAGGAUCAUUAUUAGCUUCGAGAACAGGUAGAGAAGCAUUUAGAUCUAAUCAGAGACAAGUUAGAGCGAGAUCAAGAGCAGAAGAAAGAGCAGAAGAUAUAGAAAGAGGUAGACAGAUUGAAAAAGAUGCUCAAGCUGAAAGAGCAAGAAGUUCAAGUGUAUCUUGGGAGUUGGCAGGUGUCACCAAACAAUACGUUCCAGAUGGUGAAGAUGAAGAUCAUGUUAUUGAGUAG